UAAAUGUCAUCUUUUGCAGCUUACAAUGUUUAUCAUAACAGAUUACACGCUUGAUUUUGCAGUUGAGGUCCUCUCUAUCGUCUUGAUUUUUAUAACCUACUUCGUAUUAUAUAGUACAUUUUGUAUUAAUGCUAAAACUGUGAUACAAUUAUUGGAUCAACUUCAAUAUAUUUGCGAAGAGUUAAAGGACGAGAAUGAAGUCGCUAUCAUUAAAAAAUACGCGUACAAUGCGAAACGUUUCACGACCAUAAUUCUACGUAAGAACGACGAAACUUUUUACGCGUUUAACAAUUUGAGUAAUAGAAAGAUCAAGCAGCAGAAUGAUAAAUUUUAUACACAAAUAUACGACGAUGAAAUAACGAUUAGAGAUCGAUUAAUUUUAAAAUAUUAACAUUUCGUAAGAUUGCAGAGUUAUUAAUUAAGGACGAAUGUCUCUUUAAUUGUUCUUAGUGUUCAGCUUCCUAUGUUUUCUUAUUCUGCAGUUGAUGUGGCCUCGAAUUCUUCAUAUCUUAUUGUUUCUAAAGGAGACACAUCGCAUGGAGCAUGUCGUAAUCGAAUAUUUUGUCGAUCCAGAAAAGUAUAUCUAUUUAAUUUUGCUGUAUGUAUUUGCAGCUGUUUAUGUAGGUGUGAUUACGAUUCUCGGAGUUGGAACGACGCUUUUCAUAUACUGCAGACAUCUCUGCGGAAUGUUUCAGAUUGCCAGUUAUCGUAUCAAACAAGCAAUAAAUACCGAUAUCCAACGGAACGUUAGCCAGAUGAAACAUCAAUUCCAUGGUUUAGUUUUUGCCGUGCAUAUUCAUCGGAAAGCGAUAGAGUACACCGAAACAUUGACAUCCAACUUUGAGAGUUCAUUCUUCGUUUUAAUAAUUAUUUUAGUCAUAUGUCUGAGUCUCAAUAUGUAUCGAGUGUUCCAGAUUAUAUAUUUUGAAAAUGAUAUCAUGAGGCUUUCGUUACACGUUACUUAUAUAAUGUCAAUCAUCGUAUUCAUACUUUUAUCCAAUUAUACCAUGCAAGACAUUACGAACCACAAUAACUACGUGUUUCUCACUGUCUACAAAGUUCAUUGGUACAUAACGCCACUACGUAUACAAAGACUGAUAUUGCUGCUGAUACAAAGGGGCAAUAAACCUCUCAUCCCAAAACUUGGUGGGAUAUUCACAGCGUCUUUGCAAAAUUUCGCUGCAAUGAUGAGCAUGUCGAUGUCUUACUUCACUGUCUUAUACUCUACACAGACACGAUAUAAAAAAACCAGCGAUUAAUAACAUUGAAAUAUAUGAAUAAAUUACAAAUGAGGUAGGAUUUGCACAAAUCAUAUAACAGAUGUACAGAUGAUAGUGAAUCUUGUAUUGUAUUUUGCAACAUAAAAUAAGGCUAAAAUGAAAUUUGGCAAUGAAAAUCUGAGUAAUCCAUUAAUAUAUUACAAGAAGUAGUAAUAAAACAACAAAGUUGGUGUUCCUAUUUGAAACUCCUUUAAUUUAAUUCGGCAUCGAUCUUUUGUGAAUAUAGUUGCAUAGAAAAUAAUUGGAACGUGCCCACAUUAAUGUGCUUUAACAUUUUCUACGUAAUUCUAAUUUUUAAAUCGGUGUCAACCAAGAAACAUUGCAAAUGCGUUAGGCAAUGUAUAAUACCUCUUAUAUUUUCUCGUCAUUGAAUCCACACGAUGAUAUACAAUGCAUCACAAGGCCGACUGACCGACUUACGUUCCUUUCAACGAUCAAACGUGUGUAUCUUAUGAUGAGCUCACGCACUACAAUGCGUGAAUGGUGCCUAUUUCAUAGAAGAGCCAUAAAGAGAGGAUAAGCAAGCUUUCUUCUAUUUUUCUACGGUUAAACGCGUGAUAAUUAGUGUUAUUACAUCACAAUCAUGAGCGAGUAUACACUCCCU